CAAAACACAAGCGAAAGUUAAAAUCUUCAAUUUCAAAGGUACCGUAACAGUAACCGUAUAUAUUCAACAAGGUUUUAGCCUUUUUUCAAAAGCAAGUCAUCCAGAAGUCAUUUUAUUCAACAAGAUGUAUAGACCAUAUUACAAUAGGCAACAUCAAAGGACUUGUUCAACCUAUGAAGACAAUGAAAUUUAUCAAUCACAGAGAAGAUUGUAUUCACUUUUCGAAUCUAGUGCAUCCCAAAGGGUCCAGCGAGUACUUCAUAAGAACCAUCAGUUCACGCAUCCUUGGAGUCCUUUUGACCGAUGGGAAAGACAGGCAUUGCCAGUUUUGUUACCUUCUUGCAGCAAUAUAACCGAGGUUGUGUAUCCAGAACCGUCAACAGAUCGUAGUAGUAUUACAGCAACACUCUCUAGAGAGGAAGAGGAAGGUGGUGAAGUUUUCACAUGUCCAGAGAUGGAGGUGAAUAAUUCAGUCAUGUCAGGUAAUGAAUAUCCAGCAAAAGAGGAUUUAUCAGAUCCGAGAAAUGAUAGCGGGUUUGGAUCUACAUCCGACACUCCAUCAACAUCAAGAGCACCAGAUUUCAUUCGCUUAGACAGCAAGGAGAUCUCUCAAAAUGAAAAAUUUACCUUAAAUUCAAAGAGACAACACAUCACAUCCAUUGAUGGUGAAAAGUCGGGGCCCAUAUAUAUAUCUGAUGACGAGAAAAGCUCUGCUGUGGACAGUGACUCUGAUGAUCCAGACAUGAAUCAUUCCGAGUGUAAAGGAGACGGAAAUUCUACACCAAGUUCAGAGUCCAGUGGCACGGAUUCAGCAGACGUCGCUAACCAAACUCUAGUGACGAGUAUGGAAAGACUUAAAAAUCAGAAACAUUUUUUCAAGUGUGACUAUUGUGACUUUAAAGCACUCAACAAAGGGAAAAUGAAGACCCAUUUUGGAAUUACUGGGCACUCAUUUGCAGCAGACAUAAUGGGAUUUUUUGAAAAUGAAACAUAUCACUGCAAGUCUAUCAUUGAACCAGUUGCUAUACAUUUGUUUGCAAAUAAGAAGAACAUGGGCAAUUUGACUGACUUGGUUAUCAUGUGUCCUAUAUGUUUCAGCCAUUUCCCCUCAAUGUACAAGUGUAACAAUCACGCCUUAAGGAACCACGGUGAAAACGUAUACGGUGUAGGAAAAGUGGUGGGUCGACAUGUGAUCUCUCUACCCGUGGGUCUUAGAUGUCUUUGUGGUCAACAGUGUAGGGAAGAAUCACAGAUCAGGAAACAUCUAAACACCUGCAAGAAUUUCCAAAUAAUGCCAGAGCCAAACAUUUCCUAUCUGUAUGUCUGCCCAUUUUGCAUACAGUUUUUUGGUGAUAUUCACGGAUUUCAUGUUCACAUUCAGACUGAAACAAAUAAAUACAAUCUGCGUCAAAAUGUAAUGGUCACCAUCAUCCAUGUCCGCCACCCCACUGUCAGUAGAGCAAUGCUUCCAUACGCCUGUGGUCCCACACUGCAGGAUACCUCAGUAACGCGAGUGAUUUCUCGUCAACAGAAAAAAAAAGCCAUGAAAGAGUGGAGGAAAAACAAGAACAAUACUUUGGGUUCGUAUUAUCAGAUGAACCACAAUAAAAAAUCAGAGAAUGAGUGAAUCCUGUAUCAUCUGAUGAACAAAGAUAACCCCAAAAAAAUCAGAGAAUCCGUGAAUCCUGUUUCAUCAGUUGAACCGAGAUAAAAGAUCAAAGAAUCAGUGAAUUGUGUAUCAUCUGAUGAACAAAGAUAGCAGAGAAUUGUGAAUUUUGUUCCAUCAGUUAAACCAAGAUAAAAAACCAGAGAAUCAUCAUGAUCAUUGAAUUAUUCUUUUAAAAUAUUGAAAUAAUUUAUGUAUUGUUUUCAAGAAAUAAGUAUUUAUAUGAUUUUAUGAUUGUUGACAACACAUGCAAACAAUAAUUGUGUGAUACAAUACAUGUAUUUCCAGUCAACGACCGGUUCAGUAUAGAAUUCAGUAAAUACAUGUAUAAUUAAUAAGUAAGCAUACAUGUAAUAAAUAGAAAAUGUGACAUACAUGUAUAUCAUACACGUAUAUAAUGUAUAAGUUUUGUAGAUUACAACUGUCUGUAUAACAUCACUGUAACAGAUACCAUCUGACAGGAGUUAUCAGCACUUGUGUGUGUAUGGGUGGGUGUGUAUACAAACACAAAUACACUUUGCAUGCACAGAGAUGCAAUUAUGCAUGUAUACCUGUAUUUUAAUAUCAUAAAAACCAUUUAGUCCCAAAUUUGCAUGUGCCUAAUUACUUUGUAACUUUGAAACUUGUCAGGGGGAAAAAAUUAACAAAAAUUAUUAGUGGCUGGUGGAGCAACCAUAUAAUAAUUGUCCUCGUGACUAGUGAAUAUGAGCUAAUAUUCUUUUUUAUUUCUGAAGUUGGAUGUACAUUGUACUUGCAUAUAUAAAAUAUAUGUAGAAGUGACACUAAAGACUGGUGAGAGAAAGGGACAUCAUACUCCCCUUUUGUUUGGGUUUGUUGGCCUUUUGCUACAUGUAUGUCUGUUGUCUACCCAGAUAUACUACCCAGUUUGAAAUAUAAAUACCUGCUAAUACAAUGAUACUCCACCACAACAAUACACUAAUUUUCUUAAGUACAUCUCGUUGCUUUUUAUACGUCCAUCUAUAGACAGAACAGCAAUGUCUGUACAACCCUCCAUUCAAGGGUUUUCUCUUUUCAUUUCUCUGUCGCAUAUCAAGCUGAAACUUGCUGUGUAGCUUCAUUGUGGGUCACUCUAAAUCAUGUUGCAAUUUCGAUUCUUUGAAUUCUCUUGCAAGAGGUUUGCUACUUUUUAAAAAAAAAAAUUAAUGUUAACAGUAUAUGGAGGGUAUAUGCUUUGUUUAAUCCCUGCCACAGUUUUCAAGUGGUCCUCACUGUACAGAGUGAUUGUAUGGGUAUUGAAGAUGUGCAUGUGGCAAGGAUUUUUAUUUUCUUCAAUUUUUGAGAAAAUUGCAGGUUGUUAAACUUAGUCAUUUUUGAAAGAAAUAUUUAAUUUAAACAAUAUUUUAUUAUGUAUUGGACAAAAGGCAUUGCCUUCAUAAGCCUUCUCCAUACAAGUACAUAGUCAAGGUCAUACAGAUAGAGAAAUGUUUGAUUACAUUUAUUAUAUUACAUAGAGUAAUGAUUUAUCUUAACCCCUCCAACAAUUUUCAAAUGAGGAACUUCUUAUUUCACAGAAUAUUUGUAUAGGUAUUGAAGAUGUGUAUGUGGAAAGAUUUUAAUUUCUUCAAUUUUUGAGAAAUUACAGGUUGUUGGACUUGUUUAGUUUAGAGGAAAUAUUACAAAGUAAGUACAUGGUUUGUCCAUUUGACUCCAUUCAGAGUUUUUACAUGUAGGUUAAAGCCUUUUAAACAGUUUGAAGAUGUAUAUAUUGCAAGGAUUUUGAUUUCCAACAAUUUUCUUUGAUGUUAAAAAAAUGUAGAAGUUGUUGAAUUGAGUCAAUUUUGGGAAAGUAUUUUACACAUAGAUUGCCCAUUCCUUCAGUCACUUGCUGUAAGCCAGCCAUGUCUGUACCUGUGGUUCAAGAUAAAACUUCAUACAUGUAUAUUUUAUUAUACCUCUCAUGAUCCAAUAUUUGUGGCAUGUGGAUUUUCUUGUCUAUUUCUGACCUAUCUAUUUGCAAGUUUAAACUUGGUCUUAACUGUGGAACUCGGAAGUUAUCAUGAACUGAAAGGUCAAGAUCAAACAAUAUACUAUUUAUAGUUAAAGUUAUGAAUUGAACAAGGCUCAACUGGAAUAGGAGGGGGGGGGGGGUCUUUUACAACACAGACUGAUAUAGGAACUGUGUCCACAGCACAUAGAGUGGUGAACACCUAAUACAUUAAUCAAUAUAGGACUCUCUCCUCUCUCUCUCUCACUAGAUAUAGAUAUAUAGUAGUAUGGUUUAUUCCAAAGUAGGAUCUAAACAGGCAUAACAUUGAACCUGUUUUAAAUCACAAAAUACAAUAUAGGAUUGAGUUAUUUAAUGUGUUCAGAUAAAUGCAGUUGACAUACUCAUCACAAACAUCAGAUAUGCAGACUCAGCAGAACAGACGCUCCAUAUGUAAUGCAAUAUGCAUGUAUUGUCUUGUUAAAUUACGGAUGGUAGAAAGAGAUGGUGCUACAGGACAAUUGAUUCAGUCAUGAAAUGUCCUCUUCCAACAAAAGACACCAUAUUAUACUAACACAGUAUUAAAAAAAACUAACUGGGUCAGUGUAAAAACAUUUCCAUUCUAACAUUUGUCAGCACCUGAAUAAAAUUGUUUGUAAAUAAUAAUCUGAUGCAGAUAGUAGUGAGUGUGCUCAUUGUAAAGUAAUUCUGAUUAGUUUGUCGUUGAGAUAGGGAUGAAUUAUUGAGCAAUGUAUUUGUUAGGUUUUUAGCUUAUCUGGAAUCAUCUGAAACUUACAAGUGAUGCUGUGGAUUGCAACGACAACUAGAAUAAAAGGCACAUAGGCCACACCACACACACCAUAUCACAGUUACAUUAUCGUGUUUAUAACGAGUAUUUUACAAAGCAAACUUCAGGUGUACAAAAUCUUGGAAAUAAUAUUGUUGUGAGAGAAUGUAUGUUUCAGCUGAUUGUAUAUUAAAGUCAGAGUUCUUCCAA